AGCAUCUUAAUUCAGAUAAUUAAUUCAGUCUUAAUUCACAAGGAAAAAGCGGUAUUUCCUUACCUAAAAGCUAGAUCGCUGCAGGGUGUUUUGAAACUCUUGGCUUAUUUAGGUGUCCCAAAAUGGAGCAUGUAAGUGAAUCUACUGAGAUAAAUUAUCUUCAUUAUUGUCUAAAAAGCAGUACUAUACAAAAAGGGGAAGAAUAUAGCAAUCUUGCAGUCGCUGUGUAGAAAAAUAAAUUUUGGUGAGGUUUUCUUGGUAGUGAAACCAGAACUAGCUCCAUAAAACUGACUAUGUGUUACAUUUCUGCACUUAAGCUUGAAUAUUGUUGCUUCUGCUAAUCAAAUACAGACUUUGCAGUGGUAGUGACUAAGCAGGAAACAAGAUUUGUUGAGUAAAAAUGCACCAUUUUUAUAGUUGCUACUUUACACUGUAGAGCAGAGCCAAACCAAAAACCCUAAUGUGUGAAUGUCCCCUUUGGUAACUUUCUCAGAUGGAAUAUUUUUUCCACCUCUGCUUGGCCUUUUCUGGGGCUUCAGUGUCCGUUCCCGUGCUGUUUUCAGAGGGAAUCCAAUGAAAACGGACAGGGUGGAGCUCCACAUCCAGAAAUCUUUGGUGUGUGUAGAGUGCUAGAAAUACUCCAGAAUGGCUGGACAUACAGAAAACAGCCAGUUAGAAAUGUACCAAUGGAAUUUUUUUUUUUCCUGCAUUAUCACAGCUGCUAUGUCUUAAUUUGCCUUAGCAAAUGUAAGAAAAAUAAUGUUUAAUAACCAUGUGUGUACCCCACCCAGAAAGCAGUAGCUUAGAAACGACCGACAAAAAUACUGACAAUUACUUGAGCAACCAAGGGGUAGGAUGUCACAGUAACGGAAAGAGGGAGAAGAGGCCUGAACUGUCGAGGGCCUUCUCCAAGAGAACCAGCUUGUGAGAAACUGUGGUUGAGAUGAUGAGAGAAAAGCAGAAAGUGAGUUUUCAGAUUUAUGAGAAAAAGGCUGUUAGGGUGUUGUGACAUGGCUCUGGUCUGCUCUGCCUCGUCCUGCGGAAGAGACUCGUUGCAGGGUUUGAACUCUGGGUUUCCCCAUGACUCUGAAGUCUCAAGUACAAGAGGGAGAUGAGCCUUGAGGCUGUGGAACCGUCCGAGACUUGGUCUGGGUGACACUGUAAGCACUUUCUGGGCGGUGAAAUCAGAAUUUCAUCCAAUAAUAAUGAAAUGAUUACAUUAAAACAAUACUCUAAUUAAAUGUUUUUAAAUCAGAACUUCUGAAAUGGCCUACCUUGCUUUUGUAGAGCCUUGUGGUGUUGGGCUUCUACAAAGAGAAUGAGCAGUUCUAAAUGAAGCGGCUUUUGAACGGGUUGCUGCUGGCCCGGUUGCCAGCUGGAAUGCUCCGGUGUUCUCUGCGAACGUCUUUGUGGUUGGAAGGUCUCUUCAGCCCCUAGUCAUUCAAUAAAAUACUGCUAAUGAAGUGUAAUUGCAGGUGUCUUUUGUUGUUGUUGAAGAACUUACUACUUAACUAUUACUUAAUCUUUUCAAUACCUAGAAGUCUAAGCUGUGUGUUGCUGUCCUGUGUGUUACUGUGCAGGGCAUCUUCCCCAGCCGAGGAGGAAAAUUAUUAUUUCAUGUGGUAAUUGCCACCUAAGUUUCUCUGUAGCUCCUCAGCCGUGCUGUCUUACUGCAACCGGUGAACUCCCAAACCUCACUACAUCUCGCGUGUACCGAAUCGACUGCCUUAAUGUCUCUGCCACACAUGUUACUUCAUGCUGAUCCUGUAAUACGGUUUGGAAAGUGUUGAUGCUUUCAUUUUUUGCUACAAAACUCCUGUAUUUUCCUUUAUCCUGGUCUGGAAUCUACUUGCUGAUCAGAAUGUCCCCUCUCCUCCCUACCUGUAAAGCUUGCUGGAGAAGUUUCAACCUGCCAGGAUGAUCUGUGCCGUGGCGAGGCGAGGGUUCUACAUGAAGUGCUGCGUAUAUUCGGUGCUGCGAGAUACCCACCUCGUGCUACAUCCGAGGUAUUUCCCACUGGACGUGCCCUUGUGCUGGAGUUAUUGGCUUAUUGGGCUUGACUUGACACGCAAGGCUCAUCUUUUUCUCCUGAAGCAAAUACAGGAAAAACUUGCGGAAGAGACAGACGAUGAACCAGAAGCCUGUUGCGAUAUGCUGGAGGAAUCCAGCUGCUCAUAUGCAAAGGGGAACAGCCACGUGCAGGAUCCAGAAAAUCACCGGUGGCAAUAGAAAGGCGAAUGAAAAGUGGGAGAAGCACUCCCGCAGCAACCUCCAUCCCCCUGCUCAUCUGCCACCUUCAGAGGAUCAGCGUUAGACAAACGAUAAUCACCUGAGCAGGGAGCAGCCUGUGAAGCUGGAAAGGAAGUGGCUGCUUCCCAGAGUUGGCAAGAUUGCAUGUGGAGCACUUGACACCUUCAUGAUACUUCCUUGAAGUGGGUGCAAAACUGAAAGAUGAGCUCCUGGGAGCUGAAGUCACUGGAGCCUGCAGAAUUGUGCCUGGGUGUGUGUGUGUGUGUGCGCGCAAAGGCAGCAGCACGCGCGUGCAGCCAGCAGAGCCCAAGUCCCUACAGCUUGUCAUGAAUCCAAAAGGCUGAGCGAGAGUGAAGGCUGAAUGGACUGUGAAAACAGCUCCUCUGAGGUCCUCGGAAAUAACCAAAGAAAGGAUGCAGAGAACACUGUCCUACACUCGCCUUCCCUCUGCUUUCUGACCCCGGACAUGUCUGAUGUGCACAUGGAGCAGCAGGAAAGGGAGCAGGUUGCAGCAGCUGGAGGACGGCUGUAACCAGACGGCACGCCGUGUACCAGGCAAUAAGGGGAAAUUAUGGACAGCUUUGGAGCUGAAUGAAUAACUCACCACAAGAUCUGCUUCAGCUUGCUCCAACCAAUGGGCAGGUUGCUCCAGAAGAAGGCGGAAAUCCUCCAUCCAAGGCAAAAUCGGACAUCACUUGGAUAGAGAAAGACCUCGUGGACUCAGCAGACAAGGGUGAAGGUGUUGUGAAAGAAAUCAACAUCACGCACCAUGUGAAGGAAGGCUCCGAGAAAGCCGAUCCUUCGCAAUUUGAGCUCCUGAAGGUGCUGGGACAGGGCUCUUUCGGCAAGGUUUUCUUGGUGAGAAAAAUAACGCCGCCAGACAGCAACCACCUCUAUGCCAUGAAAGUGCUCAAGAAGGCGACAUUGAAAGUGCGCGAUCGAGUAAGGACAAAGAUAGAGAGGGACAUUCUGGCUGAUGUAAACCAUCCCUUUGUGGUGAAACUCCACUACGCAUUCCAGACAGAAGGGAAGCUGUAUCUCAUCUUGGAUUUCCUCAGAGGAGGUGACCUUUUCACUCGGCUUUCCAAAGAGGUCAUGUUCACCGAGGAGGACGUGAAGUUCUACCUGGCAGAGCUGGCUCUGGGGCUCGACCAUUUGCACAGCCUGGGAAUCAUAUACAGGGAUCUCAAACCAGAGAACAUCCUCCUGGAUGAAGAAGGGCACAUCAAGCUCACAGAUUUUGGCUUGAGCAAGGAGGCUAUAGACCACGAGAAGAAAGCCUAUUCCUUCUGCGGGACAGUGGAGUAUAUGGCACCAGAAGUCGUGAAUCGCCAGGGCCAUUCCCACAGUGCUGACUGGUGGUCGUACGGGGUGUUAAUGUUUGAAAUGCUCACCGGCUCGCUGCCCUUCCAGGGGAAGGAUCGCAAGGAGACGAUGACCCUCAUCCUCAAAGCAAAGCUGGGCAUGCCGCAGUUCCUGAGCUCUGAAGCACAGAGCCUCCUGCGAGCCCUUUUCAAAAGGAAUCCAGCCAACCGAUUAGGUUCUGGACCAGACGGGGCAGAAGAAAUCAAGCGCCAUCCUUUCUACUCCACCAUUGACUGGAAUAAGCUGUACCGCCGGGAAAUCAAACCGCCCUUCAAGCCUGCAGUAGGCCAGCCAGAUGACACCUUUUACUUUGACACAGAAUUUACGUCGCGCACACCAAAAGAUUCCCCAGGCAUCCCCCCAAGCGCUGGGGCCCAUCAGCUCUUCCGAGGCUUCAGUUUUGUGGCGACCGGAUUGAUGGAGGAUGGCAAAGUGAAACCCGCCCAGUCGCCUCUGCAUUCGGUGGUACAGCAGCUGCAUGGCAAGAAUGUCCAGUUCAACGACGGCUACGUGGUGAAGGAGACAAUUGGCGUCGGCUCCUACUCAGUGUGCAAACGCUGCAUUCAUAAAGCAACCAACAUGGAAUACGCAGUCAAGGUUAUUGACAAGAGCAAGCGAGACCCUUCUGAGGAAAUAGAAAUCCUCCUGCGAUACGGGCAGCAUCCAAACAUCAUCACCUUGAAAGAUGUGUACGAUGAUGGGAAGUACGUGUAUCUGGUGACUGAGCUGAUGAGGGGAGGGGAGCUGCUGGAUAAAAUCCUCAAACAGAAAUUUUUCUCGGAGAGGGAAGCCAGUUCAGUCCUGCACACGAUCUGUAAAACAGUGGAGUAUCUGCAUUCCCAAGGGGUGGUUCACAGGGACUUGAAACCCAGCAAUAUUCUCUACGUGGAUGAGUCAGGAAAUCCCGAAAGCAUUCGCAUUUGUGACUUUGGCUUUGCCAAGCAGCUGAGGGCUGAGAACGGCCUUCUCAUGACUCCCUGUUACACGGCAAACUUUGUGGCACCUGAGGUACUAAAACGCCAAGGCUACGAUGAGGGCUGUGACAUCUGGAGCCUGGGAGUUCUCCUGUACACCAUGCUCGCAGGCUCCACUCCGUUUGCAAAUGGUCCCAGUGACACUCCGGAAGAGAUCCUGACCCGGAUAGGCAGGGGGAAGUUCUCCGUCAGUGGAGGCAAUUGGGACACUAUUUCUGACAUGGCCAAGGAUCUGGUAUCAAAGAUGCUUCACGUAGAUCCUCACCAGCGUCUAACAGCCAAGCAGGUCCUGCAGCAUCCAUGGAUAACCCAGAAGGACAGCUUACCCCAGAGCCAGCUGAACCACCAGGACGUUCAGCUUGUAAAGGGGGCGAUGGCUGCCACAUACUCUGCACUGAACAGCUCCAAGCCAAGCCCCCAGCUGAAGCCCAUCGAAUCCUCCAUUCUGGCACAGAGGCGGGUGAAGAAACUCCCUUCCACCACACUGUGAAGCUGGGAUGGUCUGUGGCCGCUCGGCGCGCUGCAGGCACACCAGACUUUGAACACCUACUGAAGACGGGGGGGCAGGAGAUGGGGCGGUCAAUGCCUGCAUAGGAGCUCCCUUGAGGACUUCUUCUCAAAAGGCCAAGUGCCUUUCUGUUUCUGAAAGACUGGCUCCUCCUUGUGUGGACUCAUCUUUGCCGAGAGAACUUCACUGUAAAACUUUUUUGAAGUGUAAAUUGUCAAUUUUUAAAGACAUCCAUCUGUGUAUAUGGGAACUAGAAUGUAUAACUGAUGUCAAGUGGCACUAAAAAGCAGCUCUGGUUCACCCUUUCCUGUGUAGGGCCAGGUAUUUGUUGUAGCUACAUCAUUUCUUGGAACUGAUCCUCUCCAACGCCAUUGCAGCUGGAAGAGUUGGGUUUUAGGCUUUAGGGUUUUUCCUCCCUUGAACCUUUCAAUGCUCUUCCCAAAUGGGAUGCUCUUCCCAAAGUCGACCCCGCAGCCUCCUAGCCAGCAGCAGUCAUGUUUGUAAAGGACUUCCCUCCCCUUCACUUCUUGUGCGUGUGAGUUCAGAGCGUAAGGUCGAUUUUUCAGACUCCAUUUCUUCCUCUCUCCUGCCCUCCCCCAGCCCAGACGACAGUUCUCUGAACAAAAUAAACCACGGGUUUUCCAAACGCCCCCAGCGAUGCUCAGCUCUCCAGAAUACCUGCUGGGAUUGGCUCACUCCUGCCCUCUGCCCUCCCAUCUUCAUGUUCUCCCCAUCACUCCCUGGGGAGUUUGUCACCCGCGCAGGCAGGGAUGACAAAGGAACUUUCUCCUUGGCAAAGCUGGCUCUGGCUGCUGCUUUUACUAUUUUUGGGUUUCCUUUGCUUCAGCAGGAACCUCUGAAACAAACCAUCCUCUUUUUUUUUAAUUUAACUUUGUUCUACAGCUGGUAACUCAGGGUUUCUUUCUGAAUUGUACAAUAAACGUGUCAUUCAGUUGA